UUCGACUGCAAUCCGUGUGGUUUGGGUCCCUCUCCCUCUCUCUCUCUCUCUCUCUCUCUCUCUCUCUCCUGUCGAGUCUUCGAUCGCUCACUGCAGGUGUUGAUUCUUCAACUUGACAUCUCUCCACUCUAUCUCCGAAGACAAGCUCCUUUGCAUCAUGAUAGAUCGUUAUUGGAUUGCUUUCUUUGUGGCGCUUUCACUUCUUGUUGGAGCAUUUGAUGCUAGUGCUGGCGAUUUUGAUCCAAUUUACAGGGUUUGUACAGAACAAUGUGAAAAGACUGGAUGUGUGGGGGAAAGAUGCUUUGCAAACUGCAAAGUCCCUUCAGAUGGUGCCUCACUAGACGGUCCUUGGUACAUGCAAGAACCUCUUUAUUUGCAGUGGAAACAUUGGGAUUGCCAAAGUGAUUGCCGUUACCAUUGCAUGGUGGACAGAGAGAAAGAAAAGGCAGCACUUGGUCAUGGGCCUGUGAAGUAUCAUGGUAAAUGGCCCUUUGUGCGUGUUUAUGGGAUACAGGAGCCAGUUUCCGUAGCUCUCUCAGCCCUCAACCUCGCAAUGCAUUUCCAUGGUUGGGUAUCAUUUUUCAUCCUUCUGAACUACAAGCUGCCCCUUAAAGAAGAUAAGAAGCCGUACUAUGACUAUGCCUUCUUCUGGAAUAUCUAUGGCCUCCUAUCAAUGAACUCAUGGUUUUGGAGUGCUGUUUUCCACAGUCGGGAUGUUGAUGUGACAGAAAAGCUAGACUACUCAUCUGCGGUGGCAUUACUCGGUUACUCCCUCAUACUGGCUAUUAUAAGAAGUUUCUCCGUGACAAAAGAGGCCGCCCAAGUCAUGGUUUCUGCUCCGCUGAUUGCUUUUGUAACGACGCAUAUCUUAUACCUCAACAAUUAUCAACUUGACUAUGGGUGGAACAUGAAAGUGUGUGUUGUCAUGGCUGCUGCUCAACUUCUCAUUCGGGCAGUUUGGGCCGGCGUCACUCGCCAUCCUUCUAGCUUGAAGUUUUGGGUGGCGGUUUUGGGUGGCGGCCUCGCAACGCUCCUAGAGAUCUAUGAUUUCCCUCCAUGCGAAGGAUUUUUGGAUGCCCAUGCUCUUUGGCAUGCCACUACGAUCCCCCUCACCUACAUUUGGUGGAGUUUCAUCAAAGACGAUGCAGAGUUCUGAACUUCUAGCCUUUUGAAGAAGGCAAAGUAGCGUUUUGGGAAUUUCCAUAUGUGAAAUGGUUGGAUUGCUUUUCAACAACACUUUUGAGAGUUUAAGCAAACAUUAAAUUGUAGGAACUCCGCUCUUUUUUCUUGUCACGAGACGAAGGAACUAGGAUACUUACUAAUUUGGUGCAAGAUUUCGGCAUUUUGGGAACGCGACUGUGCAUUGAAUUAUUAGUGCGUUGAAUUCUUAGUUUUGCAAAUGUACCUUGAUAACCUGUGUUGUGGUAUAAACAGCAUUCUAGCGUCAAAGAGUUCAGAUCAGGACAGUCUAGGAUUUCCUGAAUUGGUUUGGUGUUUCCACCUA